AUGAGUGGAUUCUUCAUGAGCAACUACUACACAGCCAAUGUGGCGACAUGGCUGGUGCAUCCUCCCAAAAGACAACUUAUUCAAAAUUGGGACGAAAUGCGACACUUUAAGGUUAAAACUCUAGUCGUGCAAACCGAAUUGGAAUACUUGAAGCGAAUUUUGGGCAAAGAGCUCGUUGAUUCUCACAAGGACGUGUUUGUGGUAACUGAUUCGGCUGAUUUCCAAAUGAAACGCAUGGCAUUGGAUACGUCAUAUGCCUAUCCAGUUACGGGAACAUUGUGGCCAAAGUUCAUUUUCAUACCGUUCUUGGUUCUGGUGAUACCUGUUCCUCCAAAUUCAAUUUUUAAGAAAUCUCUGGAGCGUUAUAUUGGACUCACCCAUCAGAGCGGACUUUUCCGGAUGUGGUUUAACCGGAGUUUCCGCGUCCUCAACAAUCUUGGAAAAAUGUCCUGCAAGAUGGAUACGCAGAAGUGUCGUUCCUCGCAAAUGCUUAAUGUGUUGGCCUUAAAUGAACAAAACCUUGAAGUUAUCUACAGCUACAAAGCUUUUCCAAAAUUUCAAGUGGUUAGGCAAAGAACAACUCUGGUUAACAGAUACUACGAACCGCAGGAGAAGAAUCUCCAGGGUCAUCCAAUUGCCACUAUUCCCUACAACUUACUGCCCAGAUGUGUCAUCUACAAGGAUAAAGAAGGACGAAACCAAAUGAGUGGCUAUCUAACCCAUUUUUAUAAGAAUUUCGCCAGGGCUUUGAACGGCACUCUGUGGGUACGUUGGGAUCUGGUCCCGGAGGAUGGGACUCCCACACACAAUGCCACAUGGAAGCUGCUGGCCGACGGCCUGGUUGACUUUCCAUUGGUACUGACCACACUCACUCCGGAGCCAUUUUAUCCCAGCUACGUUUCGGAAAUCACCAGCUGGUUUCUAAUGGUGCCCGUAGAACCGGACAUGCCGCCCUCCAGUCUCUAUUUCAACCUCAAAGGAUGGCGGUACUUUUUGGGCCUAAUGGUUAUUUUGGCUAUGCUCCUGGUUAACGCCCAUCACAUAGAGUCGGGUCAAGGAUACUUCACCCUGCACUGCGGGCACAUCUUCGGAGACCAUGUCCUAAGGGCCAUGUUGUCCCAAUCUUUCGUCAUGCCCAGCAGCCUUUCCCACAGCCGGACGAUACUCUAUAGCCUGCUGAUGUUGGCCGGACUAAUAGUUACCACAUUCUACAGCACCAAUCUGGCCACUUUGCUCGUCGAUCCUCCUCCAGCCUUUAAAAUAUUGAGUUAUAAUGAUCUGAGGUUGACAAACGGAAAGAUAUUCAUUUCCCAGCAAGAGCUACCCACCCUGAAUGAAUCAAUUGGUCAGCACGCUUUGGAAACGAACCUAGACGUCUUUGAGAUCACCCCAUCUACGGUGGAGUUUCUUACCAAAAGGAAUGAACUGAACACUUCCUACGGUUAUCCUGUUACCAACACCUUGUGGCCACUUUUGCAGUUGAAGCAGAUCAAGCUUCACCGCCCACUCUUUCGCAAAUCAAACGAAAUAAGUUUUAAACAGUUCAUGCCGGUCACCAUGCCCAUGGCCAGAAACUCUAUAUAUCGCGAUGUUUUCAAUAGGUACUUGAGUCACACCUUGGAGAGUGGUCUGUACGAUCUGUGGUUUCGUCGAUCCUAUUCCGAACUCAUUGCCAUUGGAAAGCUUAACUAUAGCUCGGAUAUUUCUGACGAGCUUUACCAUGAUCUAGUUUGGGAGGACUUAUUGUACGUCUGGAUUGCCUACAUUGGAGGAACUCUCCUUAGUCUCUUGGUGUUUUUGUUGGAGAAACUUUACUUCAAAUAUCAUUAA